AUGGCAGAGCGUCCGCAAUACUUUGAGAAUACUUUGACCCCGCUAUCAAUCAAUACGACCACUCUUUUCGAGAGCCUUCAAGAGCUUCGUGUUGCUGUUCGCAAUGGUGCCGAGUUGAUACAGGAGAACACUCCUUUGCCUGAAACAUGGGGCCCAAAUGGCAUAUUUAGAGCUUUCCCCGGUAUUGCUCUGGCAUUUCUACGUCUAGAUUAUCAGUCCUCGGUGCUAGAGGAUCCCAAAGCUGCCUCUCUUGACUAUCGUCGUUACGCACUACAACGGAUUCCAUCAAGCCUCCCCGACACUCCUCUGCUAGCCUCCCGAUUGUCUCCAAUUGGCUCAUCUUCGCCUGUCACUGCUGUCACUCUGCGCGUUUUAGGUAGUUUUGCAAAGAAUAAUUGGCAAGAUAGCGCCAAUGUCAGCAUCGCAAGGGAGGAUAUCGCUUGCCUCCACGAGGCCAUGCAGUGGGCACUAAAGAACGAGCCUCUUGUUGCCCAUGAUGGCCGGAAAAUGGGUGGAGAUGAGAUGCUGUUUGGCCGAGCAGGUCUUCUUUGGGUCCUUUUGAACGUUCGUGCUCAUAAUUUUGAUCAGGAGACGCAGGAACUCCUCUCGCCUGUGCUGGAGGCAAUUCCUGACUUGAUCCGAGUGAUUGUCGAUGCCGGGCGACAAGGAUCCAAGGAAUACACAGAAAAGAACGGAGCCCAAGACGCACAUCCAUUGAUGUACGCAUGGAUGGAGGGUCAUUACUGUUUUGGGGCGGUCCACGGAAUAACCGGUAUUCUAACCAUCCUGCUUUCGUGUAAGCCCGAAGAGCUUACGGACUAUCUUCUUGUGAUUGGUGGUACUAUCACUGCACUCUGCAAGCUAUCUGGAACUACCAAUGGCCACCUCCCAAUGGCACUACCUCCAUAUAGUUUCAGUCAGCGCUCCUCUGAACUAGUCCAGCUAUGUCACGGCAGCCCAGGACUGUUGAUUCUCCUAGGAGCUGCCUUGAAAAACGAAUCCUUAACCCGCGCCCACUGGGAUCCAAGUUGGGACCAAGCCAUAUACAUGGGCACUCAGCGUGUAUGGGAAGAAGGUCUCUCUUUCUAA